CGUUGAGGUGACAUGACUGUGUGUGACAUCUUUGAGAGAAACCAAAGCCAGAGGAGAGACAAAGUGGGAGACAGGGUGAGGAAGACAGAGACGAAGGAGUGAGAGAGAGAGGCUGAGAUUUUUCUGGGAAUCUCUGCUUGACAUCCGCCAAGAUGUUUAAGAAAAAGGAAUCUAAGGACACUGUAAAGGGUUCAGGGAAGACCACCAAGACCCAGGCCAGCAGCUUGGCCUUGCUGAUCUCCCAGAUGCAGAAGAAUGCCGACCAGGUGGAGAAAGAUGUCCUCCGGUCGGAGGAGCUGCUGGCUGUGGAUGCUGAAAAUGACAGGAAAGAGCUGCCCUUCCAGCAUCAGGAUGAAAUCUCAGUCAAACUGGGUGAGGCUGAGGGCCUCAUCAAGGACCUCUUCCUGGAUGUCGACAAAGCCAAGAAGCUCAAACACCCACAAGCCACAGAGAUUGAGAGCGAUGUCAUCCUUCUCCAUGAGCGGUGGCUGAAGGACUGCGCCUUCUAUCGAGACAUCUACGAGCAAAUUGAUGACGUGUCUAAGAUGCCCUAUAUUGACUGGGGGCCUGUUUUUGCUCAGAAGGAAAAAGAAGUCAGCGUGGAAGAGUACGGCCCCACCAUGGCGGAACUAGAGAAGCAGAUCGCGGCUCACAACAUCCUGCACAAAGAGAUCGAAGCCUACAGUGCACAGUUGUGCGUCAGCUCUGCUGGCAGCAAGGAGAAAUACACAGAGCUGAAGAGAAAAUACAACAAAAUGCUGGACAAUUCCAAGUGGCGCCGCCACUACCUGAACAGCCUGUAUGAAUACAUGCACGCCUGCAACAAGGAACUGGCCUUUCUGGGAGAAGAGCAGGACAAGAUCCAGAAGCAGGACUGGAGUGACCACAUGGUGGACCCACCUGAUGUUCGCAGGCAGUAUGAGAAUUUCAAGAACAACAGUCUGUUGUCCCACGAGAGUGAAGUGAACAGACUCCAGGAUGAAGGAGACAGAUUCAUUGAACUGAAGCACCCGGCCAGCGACACAAUAAAGACUCAGAGAGAUGCUGUACGAAAUGAGUGGCAGAAAUUCCUCAAUCUCUGCAUAUGUCAAGAGACACACCUGGACAAUGUGGAGGAAUACAAAAAGUACCAACUGGACUCCGAGCAGCUGUCAGAGACACUGUCCAAACUCAACAGCAGCCUGGACCCAAAUGUAAUCAGCAAAAAGAGCAACUCAGAGACUCUGCUGCAGCUGGAGGGGGAGGAGAAAGCUGUGCAGAACAGUGAACAUCUUCUGGCCGACCUGAGGAGACGAAGCACCAGCAUCGCUCCUCUCAAACUACGACGCACCACCCCCAACAGACCCGUCACUGUGGAGUCCCUGUGUGACUGGGAAACAGACAAGGCUUGUUUGUCAAGAGGGGACAAGUUCACCCUGAAAUCAAACUCAGAGAUUAAGAACUGGGACGUCACGUCCACUCAUGGGGUAACUAAUACCUUCCCAGGAGUUUGUUUCCUGAUUCCACCACCUGACUCACAUGCCAUUGCUAAUGUGGAUGUUUUGGGCAAUGAACUUGCAGACAUCAAGAAGAGAAGAGCUGCUCUGGCAGAGUCUCUGAAGAAUCAAAAAUCAGAUGUCUCCAGACCCCAGAAAUCAGCACCAGUGUCUAGUGCAGUGGACCCCAAGGUAACUGCACUGUGUCAGCAGCUGGACAAGCUGGACAGUGAUUUGACCCAAACUGAGCAGAGCAUGCUGAACCGUCUGCGAUGCCCAUUGAGCCGCACCGAUCCGACCGAAGAUCUGUCCAAAAGGCUGCAGGAGCAGGAGCAAGCUGCCAGCACACUGAAGGGUCUGGAGCAGCAGAAGCUGGCAGCGCAGACUGACCUGCAGCCGCUGUUGUCUAAAGAUACCAGUGGAGCCUCUUCUGCUCUGCCUCUCAAACUCAGUGAUGCCAGCAACAAGUACGACAGCAUUGCUGCACUGGCUGAUCUCUACAAUAAGAAAGCAAAUGCAUCUCUCAGCCUGGAGAGUCAGAUUAAUAAAGUGGAUGGCCUUGUCUCUGGGUUUGAGAAAAACCUGAGUGAAGAUGGUCCAAUCCCUGAUGUUCCAAAUGCAAUUCAAGCCUGCAAUGACAACCUUCAGCACCAGAAAAAGGCUGUGGCAGCGGCUCAAAGCGACAUGAAGAAGCUGAGUCAGGAUCUGGAGGCCACCGAGCAGCUGUGCAGCUCUCUGCAGCAGAGCUACCAGGAGUACUGCCCUGACAUCCAGCGCCAGAGAACAGAGGUCAAACAACUGCAGACCCGUUACACAAAUGUUGCCAACCAGCUUAAUGAGAGAGAAAACCUCAUUCAAGAGGCAGGAACCAAGAACCAGGAGUUCCAGAGUACAUGCAAAUCCCUGAACUCAUUCCUGGACAACCUGCCGAAAAACCAAAUAAACUUCAACGAUGAUCUGUCUCAAAUCGCUGCUAAACAGAGCUCACAGGAGAGAGUGAUAGAUGACUUGACACGGAAGCAAGCUGACAUGGACAGAGUGGCUGAUCUGUCCCAAGACCUGCAGAAUCUCCUCAAUGAGUAUGAGACAAACAUCGACAAAUAUAAUAGUACACUCGAGGACGUUGAUGCCAGUGUCGAAAAGAAACCUUGUUUGCUCCCACUUUCUGAAGCUGUUCAGAAACAGGAAAAAGAUUUGGCGAACCGCUACGCUGAAGCAACAGCUGAAAACACCCAGCUCCAAAAACAGAUGGGCUUGGCUAAGAAUCUCAUUUUACAAAAUGAAGAGAAAGUUCAAAUGGUGGCACAGCAGGAAGUGCAGCUUCAAAGCCAGCAAAAGAGUGUAAUGGAGUUAGAGAGCCUGUUAAAAGAGCUGGAUGAAGAGAAGGACAGGACAACUCAUGCUGAAACAAACCUGAGAACCUUCAAAGACAGGAUGAUGUCACUGAAGAGUCGCAGAGGAGUGGAGCGUGUUGAGGAAAAAGAAGUAUUGCAGUACUAUCGCGACCCAAAAUUGGAAAGUGAUUUGGCUGAUCUGCAGAACACGCUGCAUGAGGAGUGCCUGAGGCGAAGCACCACCCAGAGUGAGAUCGAGGUCUGUAACAAGAAAAUCACCCACCUGGAGGACAACCGCAAAAACACCACACCAAAACUGGUGACUAGAGAAGUGACAGAGUUUGAGAAAGAUCCCCAACUGGAUGUAGAGGCCGCUAAGCUGAGAGAUGAAAUAUCAAGGAUGAAAAAUGAAAUUCGAGUGAGAGAUGGGGAGCAGAUUCAGAUGAAGACAGAAGUCACAAUUCUCCAGCAGAAGAGACCCACCAUCAAAGAGAGGGUGGUUAAAAAGGAAGUGGUUAAAGUGGAACAGGACCCACAGAUGUUGAAAGCAGUGCGAACAUUUGAGACAGAAAUUUCUGAUGAGAGCAAGAAGAGCACACUUCUCAAUGAUGAAAUAUUCCAGACAAGAAGCCAGAUCAAUGCACUCGAGAGGCUGAUUCCUAACAUCCAGCCAAAAAUCAUCACUAAAGAAGUCAAAAAGAUUGAACAAGACCCUGAUCUCAUUACCGAAUGUGACAAAAUUAGAACGUGUCUGGAGCAGGAGAGGACUGAAAACAACACUUUGUCCCAAGAAGUGAAGGAGCUCUACAGCCGCUAUCGAGAUGUUCAAGACUGGAAACCAAAAAUUGAGGUGAAAGAAAUUGUUAGUGAGAUCUACCGGGUAGACCCGAACACAGAGGUGGAAAUAAUGCGGCUCAGGAAGGACAUACAAGACUCAAGUAGGCAGCGUUCUGAUCUAGACAGGCAGAUUACCCAGGUCACGACUGACCUGGAUAUCCUUCGAUCUCAGAAGCCCAAAGUAGAACUGAAGGAAGUUCUCCAAGAGGUGGUGAAAGAAGAAAGAAGCCCAGAAAAUGAGAGAGAGAUUCAAAGGCUAAAUGAUCAGGUGAACCAUUUGCACAGCAAUUACAACUCACUCCAGGACCAGGUGAGUCUACUGAGGAAAGAGAGAGAUGAAUGGAAGGCUGAAAAGUCCAAGAUAGAGACCAAACUCGUCACUAGAGAAGUCAUUAAGUAUGAGCCUGAUCCACUGCUGGAGAAGGAAGCUGACCGCCUGAGAAGGGAUGUACGGGAAGAGGCACAGCUGCGCCGCAGCAUUGAAGAGAUGGUGUUUGACCUGCAAAACAAAUACAUCAUGUUGGAGAGACAGAAACCAGAGGAAAAGGUGGUUGUGCAGGAAGUUGUACGUUUGCAGAAGGACCCAAGGCAAGUGGUAGACCAUGAGAGGCUCAGCAGGAGUCUGGAUGAAGAAGUAAUGACUCGGCGUCAGUUAGAGCUAGAGUUACAGCAGUUAAGAGCAAAAGUGGAAGACUUGCAGAGGAUCCUCAGAGACAGUGAUGAGCGCCAGAAAAGAAUUCAAGCUGAGUCUGAACUCAGAGAGAUCCAACUGCGCAUCAGACAGCUGGAAAAUGCUCCACCUCCUGUUGAAGAGAGUAUAGUUGUUGAGGAGGUAUUGAAGGUUGAGAGAGACCCAAAACUAGACAGGUUAACAAAUGGUUUGCGGUCAGACAUGGACAAGGAAACCAGCGAUAUUCUGCGUCUCCAGAGAGACAUCCGUAACAUCAAUCAAAAGCUUGAGAUUCUGCAGAGAGAGAAGUCUGGGGAAAAGACGGUGUACAAAGAGGUGGUACGUGUUGAGAAAGAUCAGGCUGUCGAAGCUGAAAGGGAUCACCUGAGGGAACAGGUGACUCAGCAUAAAUUUGCCAGACAGGAUGUGGAGGACGAAAUUAGACGUCUUAAUGAGAAAAUCCACUUUCUCCAGAGCACCAAAUCCAGCUCUUCAAGAGAGGAGACAACCCUGGUUUUGUCCAGAGAUGCCUUGCAAAGAGAGAAAGAAGACCUCACUCGAGAACUUAGAACACUGGAGGCCAAGAAACAUGACACUAGCCUGUCUUUCCAGCAGCAGAGCCGACUAAUGAGCGAAAGAACGCAGAAGAGUAGGCAGAGGAGCAUUAAGAUGGGAUCUGACGUCCACCGCCUGGAGAGGGAGAUCCUGGAUGAAAAAGAUACGAUCCAUCUGCGAGACAGCACCAUCCGGGAGCUCCAGCAGACCCUGCAGAAGGAGGAGCAUGCAGAGACGAGGACCAAAGAGACUAACAUCUCCACCAAAAUCACUAUUUUGGAUCCAGAUACAGGCAAAGACAUGUCUCCUUAUGAUGCAUACCUACAGGGCCUGAUAGAUCGCCAGCAGUACAUCCAUCUGCAAGAGCUGGAGUGUGACUGGGAGGAAAUCACUUCCAUGGGACCAGAGGGGGAGACAUCUGUACUGCAGGAUCGCAAGAGUGGUAAACAGUACUCCAUCAAAGAAGCUCUAAAGGAAGGAAGGCUGACUGAGUAUGAUCUAAAACAAUACAAACAAGGCAAACUUCCCAUCUCUGAGUUUGCCUUGCUGGUCGCAGGUGAUAAUAAGAAGCAGCCCCAGUUCAACUCCAUCAUCCCAAAAUCCAACACAACAGUACAAUCAGCUCUCAACCCAUCCCCCACUAAUGAAACCUACCCAGUUGCUGGAAUAAUGGACACAAACACUGGCACCUGCUAUACAAUACGCGCUGCCACCCUGCGUAAAUUGAUCGAUCCCACUACCGCGCAAAAGCUUCUGGAGGCACAGGCAGCCACAGGUGGCAUCAUUAACAUCAACACCAAAGAGAGAAACACAGUUCACAAGGCAACAGGCCAAGGCCUCAUUGAAGACAGUCAACUCCAGAGGCUGCUCAAUGCACAAAAGGCUUUCAGUGGAGUUGAAGACCCCAUGACCAGAGAGUGUUUAUCUGUGGGAGAGGCUGUUCAAAAAGGGUGGAUGCCGAAGGACACUGCCAUUAGCUACAUGGAGGCCCAGCACUUGACUGGAGGGCUGGUUAAUCCCAAAACUGGUCGCAGAGUAGGCAUCCUUGAUGCCAUUAGUUCCAAAAUGAUCGACAGCACAAUGAUGAGAGAGCUGCAGGCCGAGAGUUCCUACACCAAGGAUAUUGUAGACCCAAUAACAAAGGAGAGGAUCAGCUACAAACAAGCUCUGGAUCGCUGUAAGAUAGACCCAGUGACAGGCUUACCAAUGUUGCCUGCAUCCUCAGGAAACAACUCUACUAGAUAUUCAAGAUUCUAGAUAUGUUUACUUUUAACCAUGUGGAGUGCUAUGGUGAAAAUGUACUAUUAGAGAUGGGAAACCCAUAUGAAAUCCAUACAUUAUUUACAAUGUACAUUUUGACUCAGGAAGUCUUCCACUGCAAAGCCUUCUCUCUAUCCAAAAUGAUUGCUGCUGAGCUGUAUUUGUUUACCAAACACGUGUUGUGGGCUGAUUUUUUAUAUAUUUAAAAAUGAAUUUAAAUGCAUCUUAUAUAUGACAUUAUUGUGUUAUUAGGGAUACUGGGACAUGGUGCAAUGCAGUUUGCCAAGAUUGAUUUUUUUUCUGUAUUACUCUUGGGCUAUUCUCAACACUGUUCAUUUUACAUUCAAUCAUGUUUAAUACUGUAUGAAGAAACAAUUAUCAAUAAAAUUAAAUUAUAAUGG